AUGGAGAAACAGCACUUGAAGCCCUUUGGUUCUUUCUCUGCUUCCACACCUCAGGAAGCAAAUAAAGAUCAAUUUCUUCCAGCCAAGCCAAUUGAUAAGAAGCGGAACAAGAUCAACAAGCCAAGAAUCAAAGAAAUUAAUUCUUCUGCUGAUAAUGAGAUCGAUGCUAUCGUUGUUUCAACUCGACCUGAAAAUGAAGUUUCAACUGAGCUAAAACUAUUUGAUGAAUCUUGGAUUACUGCGUUUGCUGCAACAAGAGAGGAACCUGUUGUAUCCAAAGAAUCAUCGCAUUCAGAAUCGAAGGCACUGGUUCAAAAUAUUGCAGAGAUAACAUCCAGCCCUGAAGCUGAGAGAAAAGAGAGUCCGAUGCAUGAUGUUUCGACAAUACUGAUGCUUUCUGAUGCAUGGAAGAUUAAGAAGAAGCUCACUGGUAGUGAUCUUGGCAACCUGUGCAGACUUUUUGUGGCAUCUUUAUCUGUCAGAAAUCAUAUUUUGCCAUUAUUGAGCCGUGAGACUGUUGAGCAGAUUGAAAAAGAUGGUGCUGCAGUUCCUAUAUGGGAUUGCAAUACUAAUACCGAACAACAUAUGGUUUUGAAGCAUUGGCGUUCUUCGAAGAGUUACGUUUUCAUCAAAGGCUGGAUGAUUCAAUUUGUGAAGAGAAGGAAUUUAGUUGAAGGAGAUAUUAUUGGGAUCCAUCAAGUUCAAGAUUCAAUUUUUCUGUGCUUGAAAGAGCUUAGCAGCAGCAGAAGCAGAUUAUUCUUCUUAUAA